ACUCCUCAGGAAGACCAGCAGAGUCAACUAACCUGGACCCUUGGUAGCUCCCGGCGACUGAAUCAUUAAGCAAAGGGACAAUAUCUCAUUCUGCUCUGAAAAUAGAACCAUGGCAUUAAUGUUAGUGCUGUUGUUCCUGGCUGCUGUAUUGCCCCCAUCUCUUCUUCAAGAUACCACUGAUGAAUGGGAUAGAGAUCUUGAGAAUUUGUCAACCACUAAACUGUCAGUCCAAGAAGAGAUCAUAAACAAGCACAACCAAUUGAGACGAACGGUUUCUCCGUCUGGUAGUGACUUACUAAGAGUGGAAUGGGACCAUGAUGCUUAUGUGAACGCUCAGAAAUGGGCAAACAGGUGCAUUUACAAUCACAGUCCUCUACAACACAGGACAACCACAUUAAAAUGUGGUGAGAAUUUGUUCAUGGCAAAUUACCCUGCAUCGUGGUCUUCUGUAAUCCAAGAUUGGUAUGAUGAAUCCCUUGAUUUUGUCUUUGGUUUCGGCCCAAAAAAAGUUGGUGUUAAAGUCGGACACUAUACUCAGGUUGUUUGGAAUUCAACUUUCCUGGUUGCAUGUGGAGUUGCUGAAUGCCCUGACCAACCAUUGAAAUACUUUUAUGUUUGUCACUAUUGUCCUGGUGGCAAUUACGUAGGAAGACUAUACUCACCUUACACAGAAGGAGAACCUUGUGACAGUUGUCCUGGUAAUUGUGAAGAUGGGCUGUGCACCAAUAGUUGUGAAUAUGAAGAUAAUUAUUCUAACUGUGGCGAUCUGAAGAAGAUGGUGAGCUGCGACGAUCCACUUCUUAAAGAAGGUUGCAGAGCUUCAUGCUUCUGUGAAGACAAAAUUCAUUAAAUUUCCAGUCCACAUAAUCAGGUCCAUGUAGAAAAGGAAAAUACCCUCUACUUAGUCUUACCAUGUCCCACCAAAAAUAUGUAGGUUUAGUACACUGAAAUAAUUCCAAAUGGUAAAGAUUCUGUUUCUUCUCCUAUUUCUCUCUAUUUUGCAUUAGUCAUUUACCCCAAAAUAUUUUAAAAUAACAAAAUCAAUACCACCUUUGGAACUGGCCAUAUGAAAUCUGUGACACAUUUAUGGAAUCAAAUCUAGCCCACGAUUAUAUAUUAUUUGUCUGUAUGACUUAAGUCACUAAAUCUCUGGCUUGAAAAUAUGAAUCAUGUUCCCAGAGCACAAUGAAGUAAGAGAACAGAUAGCAUAUAGUCCCUCUGUAUUGGCCAAUCACCUUUUAUUUAGUUCUACCUCCAUUUUUAGCUAAUUAUCUCCAGAGAAACAUUUACAUUAAUUGUCUUCUAUUUCUUCUCACCAUUCAUUAUUCUUCACAUUCAUCAGAAUUAGUGGUUUAAAUUCUAAACUACCAUUUAUGUUUUGUUGUUGGGUCUUUAAGAAUGAUAUUAAAAUGUAACUUAAUAAACAGAAUUUGCUUGUUCAGGGGUAAUGACCUUGGUUGCUUCAGAAAAAAAAUAAAUCUUAAUCUCAGCAUAUU